AUGGGCUCUGUUUCGUUGAAUAUUGGUGAUGGAACGGCCAGAUUCAAAAGGGCUACGCUGUGUUCUUCAGCUGUAAAUGUUCUCAUGCUCUUCUCUGUAAUCACCACCAAUCUCUUUGCAUUGUACGCAUUCACUUCAUCCCCGAAGCACCACCAAGAUCACCCACUUCACCACACUCACAAGAACAUCUCUCUCAUCUCACAACAAGUCUCCUUGAUCCUCAGAGAGAUCGAUUCUUCUCAGAAAAAACUUACCCAGAUGGAGAAAGAGAUCUUAGGAUAUGAAAGCAUUGAUCUUUCGAGACCCAACAUGGCAAAUGAGCUCAAAUUGUUUCUCCAACACCACCAGCUUCCACUCGGGAAAGAUUCAAGAACUGGGAUCACUGAAAUGGUGGCUUCUGUGGGCCAUUCUUGCGAGAAAUCUGUGGAUUUACUGUCUCAGUACAUGAAUUACAAGGUCAAUGGACCUUGUCCAGACGAUUGGAGCCUUGCCCAGAAGCUGAUUUUGCGUGGAUGUGAGCCUUUGCCACGAAGGAGAUGCUUUCCAAAGACUAUUCCUAAGGUGGGUUUACAAUCUUUUCCUAUUUCACUUUGGAAAAAUGUUAGUGAUAAGAUUUUUAGCUGGAGUGGUCUUGGUUGCAAGAAUUUAGAGUGCCUGAAUAGUAAGAAACUGAAUAGAGAUUGUGCUGGUUGCUUUGAUAUUGUUAAGGGAUAUGAGACUCAGAAGUAUGUUAAGGCUAGGAGUAAAAAUGAUUUCCUUAUUGAUGAUGUAUUGGUUAUGGGAAGUGAUGGAAUCAGAAUUAGUUUUGAUAUUGGUGGUGGGUCUGGGACUUUUGCUGCGAGAAUGGCAGAAAGGAAUGUGACAGUAAUCACUGCCACUUUGAAUGUUGAUGCUCCGGUUAGCGAAUUCAUCGCUGCCAGAGGGGUUUUUCCAUUGUAUUUGAGCUUAGAUCAUAGAUUCCCCUUUUAUGAUAACAUGUUUGAUUUGAUUCAUGCGGCGAAUGGAUUGGAUGUUGGGAGCCGCCCUGAGAAAUUGGAGUUCCUAAUGUUUGAUAUUGAUAGGAUUCUGAGGGCUGGUGGAUUGUUUUGGUUGGACAACUUCUAUUGUCCCAAUGAUGAUAAGAAGAAUGCUCUCACACGUUUGAUUGAACGAUUUGGGUAUAAGAAACUGAAAUGGAUUGUGGGAGAGAAAAUAAAUGGUCCAGGGAAAUCAGAGGUUUAUUUAUCAGCUGUUCUACAGAAACCAGCAAGAGUAUGA